AUGGUCGAUGAGAGCACAAGCACGGCGACAGUGGCGAACUUUGUAUGCGUGACUUGCAAUAGUCCAACAAGCGGUGCUCAUCAGUGUUCCAGCUGUAAGAAGUAUUGCCAUGCACUUCCAAGUUGCUGUGAACUAGGAGAGGAAAAAGACUUCGGUACACCCGUCACUUGUUUGCUUUGCUGCAAAGUAGCUCGAGUAAAAGAGAAAAGCCUUGAAUCGAAGAGAAAACAAGAAGAACAGAAAAGGGUGAUGUUGACCAGGUCUAGAAAGCGCUUCAAGAGUGCUCACAUUGAUGAUACUGUCCUUGUUCCAGUGCCAGCAGUAAAUAGGGGACGUGUCAACUUGAGUAACGUGAAAGCUGUAAUAACGGAGAGCUAUGGCAACAAUUUCUUCAAAUUAGGCACUAAAUACGGAACUUUAAAGCAACGUUACUCGCGUAAUCAGUUUACUGUUUGCACAGAACGUUAUAUUCGUACUACAGAUGUCCCUAGCUGCGCUGAAAUUUCGCUACGUGAAUUAGUUAAAAAAGAAUCUGCUACAGGCGGUCAAGGAAUGUUUAAGUGCAACUGUAAAUCAAACUGUAGAAAUUUCAAGUGUAAAUGCUUCGCUGCUAAAGAGAAGUGCAAUAGUAGAUGUCAUAGUAAUAGAACUUGCAGGAACAAAACCGAAUAG